UAUGAAGAGCUUUAUUAGUGGUUUUUCCAGCUUUAUUCCUCUGCUCCUCGUUUUAACACUUCAGUUAUAUCAUGUAUUUGCGGCAGCUGGUGGAGCAGAAAGCUAUGGAGUUUACAUUGUGUACACAGGCGGCGCGGCUGCAGGUUCUUCAUCCUCUGGUUUUCCUUCCGACCAUAUUUUGAGCUCUUCCUCCAUGGAACGAUGGAAAGAUAGAGUUAUACACACGUACAACUAUGGUUUCUCAGGAUUUGCAGCCCAAUUGACCAAAGAAGAAGCCGAAUCCAUUGCUCAAAGACCUGAAGUUAUAUCAGUUAUUCCUGAUCGGGUCCACCAACUCCACACCACACAUUCAUGGGACUUCUUGAAGGAUCUAAGCAGUGUUAAGUCAAGGCCCCGGUUUACUUCCAAGUCAAAGGCUUCUUCCUUUGGUGAAGAUACCAUUAUUGGCAUAUUUGAUACAGGGAUUUGGCCAGAAUCAAAAAGCUUUAAUGAUGUGGGAAUGGGGCCUGUCCCCAAGCGAUGGAAGGGAAAAUGCAUCCAAGGGCGUGAUCUUAAGCCUUUCAACUGCAACAGGAAAUUGAUUGGAGCCCGGAAUUACGCGACAAAUGGUAACUUCACAUCACCAAGGGACCGCGACGGACAUGGCACCCAUGUUGCCGGGAUUGCAGCCGGAAGGCGUGUUGGCGGGGCAUCCUAUCAUGGCCUGGCUCAGGGCAUCGCUCAGGGCGGAUCUCCAAACUCUAGGAUUGCCCUGUACCGUGUUUGUGAUUACCAAAAUUGCUAUGGUUAUGCAGCUCUAAAAGCGUUUGACGACGCAAUAGCCGACGGCGUGGACGUCAUAUCCUUAUCAUUCGGUUCUAUUUUUGCUGAUUUGACAAGAGAUCCGGUUGCUAUUGGAUCGUUUCAUGCUACUGAAAAGGGAAUUCUUGUGACAGCCUCUGCAGGAAAUGGCGGCGAUUCCGAAACCAUUUCUUCAGUCGACAAUGUUGCUCCCUGGAUUCUAACUGUGGGUGCAACCACCAUGGACAGGUUCUUCGAGUCAGAUGUUGUCUUGGGAGGAAACCAAGUGAUUAAGGGUGCGGGUAUUCAUUUUGCCAAGAUCCAAAAAACUCCAGUUUACCCAUUGAUUACUGGUGCUGCAGCUAACAAUUCGGACAGGACUGCUGAUCUAGCGAGAUUUUGUUCCUAUUCUGAAUUAGAUGCAAACAAAGUGAAAGGGAAGAUUGUUCUAUGCGAAACCCUUAGCGUAUAUGAUUCGGCACAAAUGACACGCGAAACAAUAAAAAGUAUGGGUGGAAUUGGAGUGAUAUAUGUUGAUUACUUCUCAAAGCUGGUGGACUCAAUUUCUGAUUCUAUACCAUUGGUUCCUGUUAACCGGCAAGAUGCACUUCAGAUUCUCUCUUACAUUAACUCAACCAGGAAUCCCGUGGCAACAAUUUUACCCACAGAAGCUAUAACACCAUACAAGCCAGCACCAUCUGUAGCAUCAUUCUCAGGGAAAGGCCCAGUAUUUGGCAAUGAUUACCUAAUCAAGCCUGAUGUUGCCGCACCAGGAGUUGACAUAAUCUCUGCAUGGCCUUCCAAUGACACAGAUAGAGCCUUCAAUAUUCUCUCGGGUACUUCAGUGGCCACCCCCCAUGUUAGCGGAAUUGCUGCCCUAGUCAAAUCCCGAUAUCCCUCCUGGAGCCCUUCCGCUAUUAAAUCAGCUAUUAUGACCACAGCAAUCCAGAGCAACAAUAUGGGGACACUGAUAAAAAACAAGUAUGGGAAUCCGGCAACUCCAUAUUAUUUUGGGGCUGGAGAAGUAACAAUGUUUGAUCCAUUAGAACCUGGGUUAGUUUACGAGACAGAAGUGACCGAUUAUUUGGAAUUCCUCUGCAACCUGGGCUACAACGCACCAACAAUAAAACUCAUCUCAUCAAACCUUCCAGCAAACUUUUCUUGCCCAACUAACUCCUCUAAGAAAGAACUCAUCUCUAACAUGAACUACCCAUCCAUAGUCAUCAUUCAAUCCAAAGAUGGUAAGUACCAGACGGUUAAAAGGACAGUGACAAAUGUUGGAGACGAAGAAUCGGUUUAUUCAGUAAGCGUAGAAGCAAAUGAGCAGCUGGAAGUCCGAGUGAAUCCAACAAAGUUAAAUUUCACGAGAAAUAUGAAGAAGCUCAGCUACGAAGUGACUUUCACAUACACUAAUGGAACAUUCAACAUUGAUUGGGAAUUUACGCAUGGGUCCAUCAUUUGGAGCAACCAGAAGCAUAGAGUUCGCAUCCCUUUUGUUGUCAGAUUAUUCCCAACUGAAUAUUAG